AUGGCUAAGAAGAGCAGAGGUGCUGUAAAGAGAAAGAAGAAUGAUGGAAAGAAAGGAUCCGGUAACAAGCCUCGGAAAGUUGGCAUGUUUCAAGCACUUAAGAAGCAGGAAAAGAGAGCUGGUGUAGUUGAGAUGAAGAAGAGUGAUAGUUACAAGAUCAAGCGGAAGGCGACGCCGGGGUCGAACGAGUUCCGUAACUUUGACGAACGAAUGGCUGCAAAGAAUUCACGACGACCACGUUUAGCACUUCAGGAUACUGGUGUCGCAUCUCUGACGUUUGUGAUGGCACCACCAACGUUUGAAUUCAACGUCAACACUAUGCAGCCAACACCGGCACUGCGUGAAGUGGAAGGUUUUCACGGCUUUAUGUCUGCACUGAACGCACCAAAAGAUGUGCCAAUAGUACACCAGGACCACGUAGUCCGCCAGUCCAAGCCCAUGCAGUGUGACUACCAAGGCAGCAACGUGUUUGCAGUGCUGGACGACGAUGAUGAAGAGCAGCACAAGAAGACAGAGACGAAUCGGCAGCCAGGACCUAUAUUCAUGCAGCCAGCGACGUUCACUCUCGCACCCGUCAAGUCGACGAAACUUUUGCUGCAGUCUUCACUUCGACAGAGUAUACAGCCAGCAGUAGUCGAGAUAGACCCCGAUUUAUAG